AUGGCCGCCGUCAACCCCUUGCUGGCCUCGCUCGACAUCAAACCCACCGAUAGAGUCAUCUCGAUCAAGGAGAACGGGAACAUUGACUCGAACUUCGUCAUCACGCACCUCAUCAAACAGAUCUUGCUCGAGAACGGAAAACUGUGCUUUGUCAUUUUGCACAACACUCUGGGGCACUACCACAAUGUGGGCAAGCGGCUGGGGUACGACUUCCUGAAGCAGGUCGACGAGGGGGGCAUUAGGACCAUUGAGCCGCUUAAAGACAUUGUGGAGGAGAUAGGGAACGGCACCCAUUAUCUUAUUGAUGAUAAGGAGCAAAUCGUCAAAGCCCUUUUCACGAGUAUCAAGAACAGUAUUGAGGAACUGGCCGCUACGGCCCCCAAUCGGGUCUAUUUGAUCAUCGACGACAUAAGCCAUUUGUUAGAUCUAGGGAUCGAUCUUAAGUAUAUUAUAAGCUUCAUAAAUUAUUGUUUAAGUCUCGUUAACGACGAUAGGGUUUCUGUUGUCAUUAACACGCACGUUUGUAGCAAAUCCGACGAAAUCAUUUGUAACAACUUAAACUACGUGUCGGAUGUUGUUAUUGAGGUUUUGCCUUUGAAAACUGGGCUCAGUAGGGAGGUUACGGGUGUUAUGAGUAUUGAAAAAUCAGGGAAUGCGCAGGUUACACAGUUUCACUUCAAAGCCUACGAUAAGGGAAUCAAGACUUUUCAUUUAGGAGAGUCGGUUUAUAAUUUAUACAAAUAGACUGAUUUUUGUUUUUCGCUUUUUUAUAUUUUAUAGUUUUGCUGUUUACAAGUUAAUAAAUGAUUAACAUCGACGAUUUAA